CCUACGUCAUGCAACACCUCGUUCUAUAUAGUACCCAGGGCAGGCUUAUAGCACAGUAAGUAUACUCCCCUGUUCCUCUACUAACACUGCAAGUACGUAUACCGAAUCGCAGAAGAACACACAGACCGAUCCGCCAACCCCCCUCCCGAAAAACCGGAACAUGGUCCUUCACACAAGACAUGCAUUCUCUCUCUCACACACACACACACACACACACACACACACACACACACCUCCACGCCAAGCCAAAUAUCCUCUUCAAGCAUGUAUCUUUUGCCCACAGUCUCAUCGCCUCUUGCUACAAUUUCCCCCACCUUCUCUACUUUCAUCCACAAAGCAAAAAAAAAGUGAAGAAAAAGUGAGUUCAAUAACCGUCAUGCAUACUCUGCCAUUUGCAAAACGCAGCCGAAAUCGCGUGUCUCGCUCCCAGACGAGGCAUCGCUACGCUGCGGCUGAAGUACGUGACUGGGGCUCGCGGCGGGCGCGGGCUGUGCGGCUCAGCUUUGUGGCUAGCUGUGCUAGCUUUUGUGUUCCUGCGUCAAGGACCACACCGUCUUCGUACCGCCUAGAGAGACAAAACAACCCGUCGCAGAAACACUCACGCACACCUCUCAGGCUUUCUCGCCCAUAUGGAAUAUCUCUAUCUAUCUAUCUAGUAGACGUCAGCUCUGCCAGAUUUAGCACCCACACGACCCAACCCGAUUCCGCGCAUUAUCUCUCUUCAGCUAAACGACCAAGUGCGGGUGGGGGGUCGUCCGCAUUCGAUAGUCGAAGGCCAAGAAAGGGCCUAGCCAGGCCCUUUUUAGCUCUGCGGUUCAACGACGCAGGCCAAGCUAGGAGUCUUUGCCCUUUUUCCACCGGGUUGGUUUUGAGUUUGGGGGCUUCUAGGUUGCGGGUGUUGGCGGUCUCAGGAAGGACUGCGAUGCGAUAACGAAGGGGGCUAGUUAGUAGUAGUAAUAGUGGGACCGGCAUACCCGAGAUGCUUGGGUUCUGUUGUUUCCCAUCUUUCGAUCGCUUGCUGCCCUU